UGAGUCCGCCCCGCCGCCUGGCAUACUGGCGGAAGGGGAAGGGGGGCAGGCGCGGUGGGGAAGAUGGCGUACCAGAGCCUCCGGCUGGAGUACCUGCAGAUCCCGCCGGUCAGCCGUGCCUACACUACCGCCUGCGUCCUCACCACCGCGGCCGUGCAGUUGGAAUUGAUCACACCUUUUCAGUUAUACUUCAAUCCUGAACUAAUUUUUAAACACUUUCAAAUAUGGAGGCUAAUCACCAAUUUCUUAUUUUUUGGUCCAGUUGGAUUCAAUUUUUUGUUUAACAUGAUUUUUCUAUACCGUUACUGUCGAAUGCUAGAAGAAGGCUCUUUCCGAGGUCGGACAGCAGACUUUGUAUUUAUGUUCCUUUUUGGUGGAUUUUUAAUGACUCUUUUUGGUUUGUUUGUGAGCUUAGUUUUUUUAGGCCAGGCCUUUACAAUAAUGCUGGUGUAUGUGUGGAGCCGAAGGAACCCAUAUGUCCGAAUGAACUUCUUUGGUCUUCUAAACUUCCAGGCCCCCUUUCUGCCCUGGGUGCUCAUGGGGUUUUCCUUGUUACUAGGGAACUCAAUUAUUGUGGACCUUCUGGGUAUUGCAGUUGGGCACAUAUAUUUUUUCUUGGAAGAUAUAUUUCCCAAUCAGCCUGGUGGAAUAAGAAUUCUGAAAACACCUUCUAUUUUGAGGACUAUUUUUGAUACACCAGAUGAGGAUCCCAAUUACAACCCACUACCUGAAGAGCGACCAGGAGGCUUCGCCUGGGGUGAGGGCCAGCGCCUUGGAGGGUAACGCAGCAGUGCCAGUUAUGAGGCCCAUCUGAGAAAGACUCAGUGAAAUGCCUAUUGGGAUUCUUUUAUCCCUUGUUGCAAAAGUGUGGACACUUUUGACAGCGUGACAGAUUUUAACUCCAGAAGCACUUUACGGAAUGGUACACUGACUAACACAGAAGACAUUUCCAGCAGUUUGCCAGGGGUUCCUCACUAUGCUGGUACUAAAAGUAUAACCUCUUGGAGCCAAAAAACAGAGAAACAGAUACCCUGCCGCCUCUGACAAGUACAUGGGUACUUGAGCUCUGUGGCGUAAGGCAGGAUGUUUCCUCCUCUUCUUUGAUAGACAAGGCCGUGGUGUAAAUGGAAGUUUCAGAGAGGACAAAAUAAAACUGAAUUCCAUCUCUCUCACACUGUAUUUAAGCUUCGUGUGAUCUUUUAAAUCAUGGUAAUGUGUUCUAGCUCUCCUGCGUAGAUCUGAACACAGCGGUUUCCAUGUCUGCCCUCAUGUCUCCACUGCUUUCGACUGGAUUUGAUUUCAAGAUUGGAAAUACACAGCUGUUACGUACUCUGACUAGUUCAAAGUGGUAGCCUCAGUAGGAGAAAAAUUGGUUUCUGCCAUUCAGAUGUUUCCCUGUCUGAAAAACCACAGAAGAGAGGAGGGAGGGUGAUUUCUUGUAGCAGAGGAAUCUGUAUGUGAAUCAGCUGCAAACAAAAAGCAACUGUGACAUCUCUUGUAGCUGGAACUUCUCCACUAAGAAAUGCCUGAAUUAGUAGUGGUCACCCUUUGUGGCAUAUGAAUGGGCAGCAGUUGGGCAUGUGUUCCUCUUGUCAUUCAUUUUAAGAAGAGCUCAAAACCUUUGCUGAGCCAAGUGCCUGGUUCACCUUCCUGGAAUUUCAGGUAGAAAUUCGGGUAUUUGGAAGCAGCCACACUGAUGGUUCAGUGAAUGCUUGUCAAAGAUAUUACAUCUUGUUUCAUAUUUGUGCUGCUUUCUCAGAACCGAGAAAGAUGAUCUCAGAUAGUUUUCAUUAACAUCAGAUAGGCACAGGACUCCCUAGACUGGAUCGCCCUAUUUUGGCUGAGUUGCUUUCCAGAAUGAGCUUUCUCAGAGCUUGACAUAGGCGUACAUGAGCUGUAGUAAACAUUUGAGGUGGAAAGCAUCUUAACAACUGAGUGGAAUGUGCAUAGGCAAUGAAAUGAGUACUGGCAUGUUACAUGUUGCUAAUAACUAACUGAAGAGGAUUUUAUGGAAUAUGUUUUAACAGGGUUGCUUUUCUCUUGUUUAAAAAUAUUUUAAGUUUAAUGACAAUCUCAGAUUGUAUGAACCUCAUGGAAUUUUUAAGUUUAAUCAUUGUUUCUGUUCAAGACAGCCUUCUUGGUAAUUUUUAGGAAUUUAUUUUUAUUAUUGCUUGAUUUUGAGCCAGAAAUGAGUUUCUUUAGAUUUUAUUUAUUGUCCUGGAGUUAAUUUUAGAUGUAGCUACUUAGUGGAAUUUUUGUGGUAAAGAUUUAAUUCUAAAAUCUCUUCACCAGCCAUUCAUUUUAAGUAAUGAAUACCUGUACAUAUUACUGACUGGAUAAACAAGAAAUGCAUUUUAAGUAUCGAAUACCUGUGCAUAUUAAUGACUGGGUAAAACAGGAAAUGCAUUUUGGAUGCAUAGUCUAAAGCAGUCUCUGGUGUUUAGGAUGUCAAUUCCUAGUGGCAAAAUACCAUGCUGUGCUCCCUGGGAAUGCCAGUUUCAGCCACUUGGCCUCUUAGUAGUUUGGCCAAUCCCACAUUUGUGUCCCUGCCCCUGUGUAGUUUGACAGGAUCUCUGUGCUUACGUGGAUACGAGGAAAAGUCCUCAUUUUCCCCAGGAAACCUCUUGAUUCUGAUUCUUCCAAACAUACUUCCUUUUUGAAAAAUGAGUCAACAGAAAAGUGAGAUUGGACUAUGGGAUUCUGAGACCGAUUAAGCGUACAUGAAUAUAGUUUUAAGGCAUUUCCUGGACUGUACCAGAUAUAGCCAAAAAGCACACCUAAAGCAUAGGGGUUCUGUUUUGUUGUUAUAGAAUUAACAAUAUAUGUUCAUUUAAAGAUGAAUGGACAUGCCAAUUGCAUCUCCCUAGGAGAUACAUUUUAUAUACUUUGGUGUGUUUUUUUCACUAUGAAUUUCUACUUGUUUCUUCCACUUCUUUUUCUGUCAUCCUUCUGUGUCCUCGUGUCUUUUAUAUUUCUUUUGUACUUGUGUGAGGCAAAAUAUCCACAUCCUGGAUCUUGAAAUGGAACCAUAACACUGUCUCUGGGGUCCUCUGGGAAUUAGGAAACAUUGGAGCUGUUGGCAUGUUGUGUAACAUGCUUCCUAGAAAUGCCAUGCCUUCUGCCACUGUUUUAUUUUGUGGCCGUGUUUUCCUUUGACAGGUGAGUUCUAUCUAUGUUAGCCAAUGUCCUGCCCUUUGCUCCUCUUCAGGAUGACUAAGCUACUUAUUAUUUUGAGUUUUCAUCAAAGCUCUUGAACUUUGCUUCUAUGGUUGAGCGACUCUGCACAAAAGUCUGCAGUCAGUUCCUAGCCCUUAUCAAAUGCAUAUUUCUGUCUUCCUCUGAAGGUUGCUCCCACUUCUACCUAGCAGAGACUCAAUUUAAGUCUCUUCAGUCUUUCAAGACUCAACAUUCAAAUCUUAAUCUAAAGUCUAGUUCAUUUUCUUCUUUAAAUCCUCAUGAAGCUUCAAAUCUGUACUAAAAUUCUUAUACCAAACCAUAUAUUGUCUUGUACUGUUCCUAGCUGCUACAUGUAUGUUAGUUUUGUUUCCUUCAUGAGAAUGUAAGCUCCUUAAGGGCAGGGACUAUGUCUUAAUUUUUGUAUCCACCACAGUGCCUAGCACUGUGCUUGGCACAUGGGUGCUGAAUAAAUACUUUGUUCGUUGAUCAGCAAA